GCCCUCCACGCCCCAUCCUCGCGCCCCCGCCAUCGUCCGUCUUCGCCCGCACUCCUUUGCCCUUUUUUUCUUCUUCUUCGCCUCCGGGAACCCCACACGCGUCACACAACCAUGGGCAAGCGCCGCGCCUCGCGCUCCCCCUCCCCCUUUCUCAAUGUGUCAUCCGACGACGGGGAGGACAGCUUCUCCGAGGAGCUGUACUCGCCGGGGGAGGAGUCGGCCGACUCGUCGCAGGAUUCCGACGAGGAGACCUUCAGCCCAUCUCCUUCGCCAACUGCCGCGCCGAAGCGCGCUCCUCGGGCAGCAGCCAGCCGCGCGGCUGCUGCCGCCUCCUCCGGCAACGACGAGCAGAUUGUCCUUCAGUAUUUCCAAAAGCAAAACCGCCCCUACAACCUGGCCGACAUCUUCAGCAACCUGCACGGCGCCAUCAAGAAGGCCCCCCUGAAGAAGGUCCUCCAAUCGCUGACGGACUCCGGGCACCUGACCAUGAAGGUGUACGGCAAGCAGCAGGUAUUUGUGGCCAACCAGGAUCUCAUCGAUGUCCCGGACACGGAGCUCAUCACGGCAUCCGAGCAGGAAGUCGCCGAGUUGGAGCAGGCCCUGCAGCAGGAGCGCGCCGCUGUGCGCGAGUUGAAUCAGACCCUGACGGCCACCGUGGCCACCCUGCCGAACGAGGAACUGAAGGCUCGCAUUGAGGAACUCCGCGAGACCAACAAGAAGCUCGAGACCAAGCUCGAGCGGCUACAGACCGAAGCCAUCCAGCUGACGCCGGAGGAGAUCGCCCAGGUAAACCAAUCCCACCGGAAGUACCACCGCCUGUAUCGCGACCGGAAGCGCCUUUGCAUGGACAUCCUGGAUGGCAUGCUGGAGCAUGCGCCCAUGUCCAAGGAGCAGCUUUUCGAGGACAUCGGCCUCGAGACCGAUCAGGACGUGGGUUUCCACCCGACCCAGGCCCCUUCCUGACCGAUGUCCCAAUGAACUCCCCCAAAUGCUGUUA